GCCGGGGUCCGCUCACUGGGACGCCCGGACGGGAGGGACUGGGCCGCCCGGACGGGAGGGAAGGGACCCCGGCCCGCACCCUGCACCCCGCUCUCUGCCCGGUACAGGUGGCCUCUGGGCAAAGAGGGAAGCGAACUUCCUUUGCCUGGAGAGUCCGGUAAGAACACAUUAGCGGAGUGUCUUUAAUCUGUGACGUUUCUGAAACUUGUAGAAGCAGAGAAGGGGUAUUAAAAUGUCACUUCCCUAUGGUUUUUGCAAAACAGGAAUUAUACACCCAGCUUGAUUUUAGAUUUGGCUUCUAUCUCUUACAGUUUUUCUUCUUCUUCUUCUUCUUCUUCUUCUUCUUCUUCUUCUUCUUCUUCUUCUUCUUCUUCUUCUUCGCUGUGGUUUCCUUUAAAUAAAGGAAAGUAGGAUGGCUGAUUUGUGGGGUAUAUUGCACACAGGUAGGCGUCCAGGGAUAGGCAAGAUAGUUGCCAAGCCAAAAACACCGAUUCCUUUAGAAUACUCAAAAAUACAGCAUGUAAAAGGAUUGCGUUGGUUUUUAGAAUACUAUUGAUUUUCUCACUCCAGGUAGGCAUGUAGUAGAAUUUUGUCUUCUGAUUAAUACUGCAAAAAGUAGCCUGGAAAUUACGAAGAGUCAACAACAACACCGUCUAUUUACUAAUUUGAUGUUUUGGUAUGUAACUUCAUUGUGGUGAAAAACUGCUUCUUCUGGAAGGACAUGUUAAUAUUGCUUGACUUGAGAGCUGGGAUUGGAGGAGAUUUGCCUUUUAUCUCUUGUGUUUUGUAGUUUUUGUUACUAUGAGUUACCUUCGUAACUGGAGGAAAGUCUUUAUAGAAAUUUGUGUUUCUUUAAACCCGUCAAGAAAAAUAUUUCAAAAGUAUCUCUUGUAUUUUAUUGGCUCCACUUGAAUUAUAAUUGUAUUCACGCAUAAAGCUAACAGACUGAGAGAUUAAUUCAGGCUGAGAGAAAAGCAGUGAGAUUCUUGGAGACCAUCUGGCAGACCUGUCUAGUAUUGGGAUUUUCUGAAGUCAGGAUAAGAGUUGUAAAUGUUGGGAGCAUCAUGGAUUUGUGUAGUUAGUCCCGUGAGAGUGGAAGAAAUCUUCCAGUAAGAACAAGAAAAGAAGACCAAGCAUGGGAAACCAACAUUGAAGUGCUGUAUAGAGACAGCCACGGAGAGUGAGGAGGAGAAUUCAGGAAAGAAGGAGGAAAAUCUAGCAGAUAAUGGUGCUUAGAAGCCGGGAGAGGAAAGAGUUUUAAUCAGGAGGGAAAUCUAUCUCAGUCAAAUGAGUCAGAAGGAUCUGGAAGAUAGGCGCUGAUUAAAUGUCUCUCGGCUUUGGUAGUUAGGAUAGGAGGAGGUCAUUGACCUCAGCAAACACAAUAUAAGUAAAAUGAUAACAAUAGAAGCCAAAUAUGAAUGAAUUUGAGGAGUAAAUAGAGAAUGAAGAAAUAAAGAUAAGGAGUGUAGAGUCCUUAUUUUGAGAGACAAAGAUUAGAAGAAGUUACAGGGUGGUAGAGGGGAGUUUAUGGUCCGUUCGGAAAGAAUAUAAGGACAGUCGAAUACCUUUAUGUUAAAGUGCAUCUCACAGCAUUGUUCCCCUCUCGUGGUUAAGUAGCAGAAGCUGAGAGCAAGUAGCUGAGCAGACUGAAUAGAACUAUUGUGAGAAAGAUUUUCAUCGUCCCUCAUUCAAAUGAUCGCGAUCUUAGUGGUAUUUUGGUCUCUUGGGGUCUGGUGUUAUCUGUGUUAAAGUCACACUUUCACAAACUGUGUUGGAUUGUAUUUCACCUGAGUUCCAGGACUGUGAGACUCCCAGCUUGCAUUCAAGUCAUGUGAUUCCUCUUAUAUAUUUCAGUGAUUCUUCUAAAUCUCUUAUGUGGAAAUCAGACGUCUUUACUAAAUCGGAAUUCAUGAGGCAUGCACCAAGGGCUUUGCUUCAGUUAUUACCAUGCAUUCAAGGGAAAAUGCCCUUAACGUGAAAAUUUCUUUACAAUGAGUGUCACUUCAGUCAUCAUUGAAGUUUAAUUUUUUUCGUUGCCGUCCAGACAAGUAGUUUUAUGUAUAUUUACCUGGGGAAUAUGCAAAUACUCGCUACAAUGGAAAAGGCCAAUAACCAAAUGUUGCAAAGGAUAUGGAGCACCUGGAACGCUCAUUCUCUGCUGAUGGAAGUGUAAAUUGAUUGAUACUAAAAUUGGAAGUUUGUAUCAAUUGCUGACUGUUAGAAAUUGUUUGUAAUGGCAACAGAAUUUCUAAAGAGCUGCUGUAGAGGAUGUUUCUAUGGUGAAACAGAAAAGCACAAUUUUUCCACAGAAAGAGACUUUAAAGCAGCAGUCUCAGAAUGUCAGAAUACCACUGUCUGUGUACCUCCAUUGACUUCUGUCUCCGUAAAGCCUCAGGUUGGCUGUACUGAGGAUUAUUUACUUUCCAAAUUACCGUCUGAUGGCAAAGAGGUACCAUUUGUGGUGCCCAAGUUUAAGUUAUCUUAUAUUCAGCCCAGGGUACAAGGAACUCCUUCACAUCUGGAAGAACUGGAAGGAUCUGCAAGAGCAUCUUUUGGAGAUCGAAAGGUAGAACUUUCCAGUUCAUCCCAGCAUGGAGCCAGCUACGAUGUAUACAACCCAUGCUAUAGGUAUCAGCACAUUUCACCUGAUUUGAUCCGGCGCCUUCCUCCACGUUCAGAAGCAGUGAGACUAUAUGGAUCAGUUUGUGAUUUAAGGACCAGCAAACUUCCCAGUUCCCCUGGGCUAAGCAAGUCUAUGUUUGAUCUUACAAGUUCAUCCCAGCGGUUCAUCCAGAGACAUGAUUCCCUGUCCAGUGUGCCUAGCAGCUCUUCUUCCAGGAAGAACUCCCAGGGGAGUAACAGAAGCCUGGAUACAAUUACUCUGUCAGGAGAUGAAAGAGAUUUUGGGAGAUUGAAUGUGAAAGUGUUUUAUAAUUCUUCAGUAGAGCAGAUCUGGAUCACAGUUUUACAGUGCAAAGAUUUAAGUUGGCCUUCUAGUUGUGGAGACACUCCUACCAUUUCUAUAAAAGGAAUACUAACAUUGCCCAAACCAGUGCAUUUCAAAUCUUCAGCAAAGGAAGGCUCUAAUAGUAUUGAAUUUAUGGAAACUUUUGUAUUUGCUAUUAAACUCCAAAGUCUACAAACCGUAAGGCUUGUAUUUAAGAUUCAAACCCAGACACCCAGGAAGAAAACCAUUGGAGAAUGCUCACUGUCACUCAGAGCUCUUAGCACACAGGAGAUGGAUUACUCUUUGGAUAUAACGCCACCUUCAAAAAUUUCUGUUUGCCAUGCAGAACUUGAACUGGGGACUUGUUUUCAAGCAGUAAAUAGCAGAAUUCAGUUACAGAUUCUUGAGGCACAAUACCUUCCAAGCUGUUCAUCACCUCUCACUUUGAGUUUUUUUGUGAAGGUGGCAAUGUUUAGUUCAGGAGAGUUGAUUUAUAAGAAGAAGACACGCUUACUGAAGGCCUCCAGUGGCAGAGUAAAGUGGGGAGAAACUAUGAUUUUUCCACUCAGACAGAAUGAAAAAGAAAUUAUUUUUCUCAUUAAGCUUUACAGUCGGAGCUCUGUAAGAAGACGACACUUUGUGGGGCAGAUUUGGAUAAGCGAAGACAGUAAUAACACUGAAGCAGUGAAUCAGUGGAAAGAAACCAUUACAAAUCCAGAAAAGGUUGUUAUCAAGUGGCACAGAUUAAAUCCAUCUUGAAGACUUCACACAUUAAUUUGAUGAAGAAUUUGACAUUCUUUUAGAAGACUUAGGAUUUCAAUUUGCUACCAAUGAAAAGAGACAAAUCAAUACAUUUGUCAAUUUAUUUAUGGAGGUCAUAAUUGUAAUGUGUAAUGGAUCUUAUAGAAAAUUAAAUUUGAUUAAAGAAAAUGGGAUGAAUUAUAUCUGAUAUCCAAAAUAAAGGGGAUGUUUUAAAACUAUGCCAAAACAGACAGUGAAAUAAAGAGUAGUAUUUCUGGGGCAACUAAAUAAAUUAUAAAAUCAAUGAGAAUUUCAACCAUAGGUGGUGAUUGCUAUCUUACAUUUAUGGGUUUUUUGAAAGCUUUCCCUAGAUAUUUAAAAUCUAGUAUUUCAAGUCUCUGUUAGUACUGUUAGAUAUAUAGAAGACUUUACUACUGACUGUUUCAGUGCCGGUCAUUCUUGAUUAGAUCUUGACUCCACUGCUUACCUCUUGCUACCUCUCUUCUCUCAGAAAACAAAUAUGAAUCAUCGAACCACUUCAGCUCUUAGGUAUUCGGGGAAGAGUUGUGCCCUAGGUUUCUUACUUCUUACCCAUAAGGCGUCACAUUGCCACUGUAUAAAUUAUUUAUCUCCGAGAAACUUCAAAUAUAGAACGCUAUGUUUUGGCAAGAAUAAACGAAAACACCAGAAGGUUGAAGUUUAAUUGGAAACCUUGUGUGUACACAUUUUGCUGUGUUUUCCUCCCUCAAAUAUUUUACCUUUUGUUUUAAUUGGAGUUGGAAUAAGAUUAUCCUCCAUAUAGCUCCUCCUAAUUAGCAGAACUAAAUGAGCUUAAUUAGCAAGUUCAAUAUUUUAUGAUAAUUAUUUCCCUUUUUUUAGUGCUUAUAUCUCUCUCUCUCUCUCUCUCUCUCUCUCUCUCUAUAUAUAUAUAUAUAUAUAUAUAUAUAUAUGAACUACUUGUUCUAUAAUCCACAGUGCUAUUUUCCCAUGUUUUUUAAGAAACUGUACGUGAUAGCAUUAUAUAGCACAUAUUUUCUAUUGCAGUUUCUCUCAGGAACUCACUAGAAGUCAGUAUGUGGGCCUAAUUUCAGGUUAGUCAGCUAUGCAAACUAUGCCCCAAAAGAAUAGCUGCUUGGAGAAACAGAUAAUACCUUCCUUGAUCUUGGCAAGUCUGACUGUAGUUUUGCUAAUGAGUAGACCAACUGCUCUGUGGUCAUGGUCUUCCAUUUUUCUUUCUCUCUUACCUUGUCCACACAUGCCAGGAGGUAGAUGGUGAUAUUUUAGACCAGAAGAUACUUUGGUAUAGCUUUAGAAUACCCUCUUCAUUCUAGUUCUUAUGUUCUGUAUGUCUCAUUAAGAUUUUCUCAAGUAAACCCUUAAUUCCUUUUUUCCUAGGUAUCAUCUCCACAAGCUACAAAAUAUGCCUAAUUUACACGUUCUUUGCUUCUAUUCCCUAGAGUUUAUGUUACACUGGUGGUGUUGACAGUGUGCAUUUGGAAAUAAUUUUCUGAGAUUUGUGAACAAUGAAAUAUUGGUCAGUACUCACGUGAACUUUCAAGAGAAAUGACCUUGACUGUAGUGUUUUACAUCUUUGAGACAAAUGACUUUAUUUUUUUAGAGCAGUUUUAGGUUCACAGCAAAAUUGACAGGAAGGUACAGAGAGUUCCCAGGAACCCCUGACCCCCACAUACACAUACCUUGCUCAUCAUCAACAUAGCCCACCAGAAUGAUACAUUUGCUAAAAUCAGUGAACCUACAUUGGCAUAGUGUUAUCACCCAAAUUUAGGGUUCGCUCCUGGUAUUGUCCAUUCUGUGAGUUUUGACAAGUGCAGAAGGUCGUAUAGUCACCACUGUAGUAUCAUACAGAGUAGCCUCACUGCCUUAAAAAUCCUCUGCAAAUACACCUAUUUUAAUAGCCACCAAAUAGGUAUUGUGGCUUUUGGACAAUAAAUAACAGACUUUAUUGUUUUUUUUUUUUAAUCUAGAAUUUAAUUUGAGCAGUUUUUUGUGUUCUAUUAAUGCUUCCAAUUCCUAAAUUUAUUAUAUGUAGUCAUGUAUUUAACUCAAUUUUAAUUAUUUAAUGUUUAAUGUUUUUGCAAUACGUAUACAAUGUAUAAUUUCAGAGAAAAGUGUGAUUUUUUGGUUUCUUGCAUGUCUUGGAAUCAUAGGUAAAUAAAAAAAAAUAAAAAAAAAAUCUUUUCACUUAAAAGACCUUUCAGUUAGAGUAGUAUUGACACAACUAAGUUCCCAAAUAUUUUAAUUAGUUUUAGUUAAGCCUUUUUCUGGUGCGAGAGGUACCGAAUACAGAUGAUAUUCUGGUUGUCUUUGAAGCUUUACAUGAAAUAUGAAAAGAAACACACUUUUUUGUUAAUAGCUACUCAAAUUAUGAGAAAAAACAUUAGCUGGUAAUAAAAACAUGAGAUAGUAAGCAAAAAUCACUUGUCUUUGUUUUUACUCGGGUAUUUCUUGACCUUUACCCACUUAUCACAAGGACAAGGGAAUCAAAAUGGUGCUAGAUGACCAGAGAGAGCCAUGGAAGGGUUCACACUGAUAGCUGAUAGUUUAUACAAUGCUAAUCCCUAACACUGUGCUUAUUUAUGUGUAAGCUUUCAGAUUGAUACAAUUAGGUAGCUACAGCCCAUGUCAAAAUACAACAUCACUCUUCAGCUUUCAUUUGGUUUUGCAUGACUUUUUCUUUUAGCAGACCUCCUAGGGAAAUUAUCACUGAAGUGUAUCAGUUCCAGCAUUUACCAGACCGUUAAGAAGAAACCAAUGGCAUUUUGAACAUAUGUAAUUAUGAGCUGAAAAUAAGCUAAGGUGAACUUCUGCCUAAAUAUAGUUAUGUGAAUUUCUGUGAUACUAUUGUACUGAAACCAUAUUUCCCAGAAUUUCCCCCCAAAUUGUUACUGUUUGUUUAAUAAAAUAAUUGUUCAUUUUUGAAGGA